CUGACUAUCGAGUUGUGUGUGAGAUCUGCAAGAAAACAAGAGAGAGAGAAUAAGAGAGAGGGAGAGAGGGAGAGAGAUUUUUCCAUCUUCAAGUUUUUCUUCUUUUUUUUUUCUCACCCGAGAAAAUAAGAGAAAAUUCGUCAGAAAAUUUUCGAGCGGAUUAUGUACAAAUUUAUAUAAUCUUUUGUGGCCGUUUUCGCUUUUGUGUUCUGGAAUCUGCUUCUGGUUUUUUUCUUUUUUGUUCUCUCUUCGUUUUUUCUUCUCCGUCAUGAGGAUCCGGAAGAACGCGAAGUUAUCGCCACUGUUGUUUUCGGCUAUGGAGUCGUCCUCCGUUCCUGAAGCUCUUCAGACGCACAUUUGUCAGUUGAAUCAGUCGCCAUGGGAUGUGAUUCCUCUUCACCAACACGACACGAACCAGCUCGAGGAGGCUGAAGAUAGCUUCAAUGAAAAUGCUAGCUUCGGCGAUUCUGUCGGAGCUGUUGAGAGCGUCUCGUCGAUGAUGGAGGAGUCGGGGAAAUUAUCGAAUAAUAAUAUUGUUAUUACCAACGGGAAUGAAGUAAUGGCGGAUAAGGAUGGGGAUUAUUGUGAAGAUUUUGAUGAAAAUGGAAACGGAUUCGAGAAAUUAGUCGAUAGCAGUUUGAAAUGUAAGAAACAAUUUAAAGAGGAAGAUUAUUCUUCGUUUAGCUCCGACAUCCACCACCGCCGUUCAUUUCUUAGGUCUAGCGAGAAUAAUUAUUACUCUACUCUCGAUAAUUGCUCGAUUUCGAAAAAAUCCGCCACCGGAGGUACGGUAUCGCGGCGGAUACGACCGGCAAGGUGUUCGAAGAAGGCGGUUAAUGCAGCGGCGGGUGGAUCAAAUCCGUACGAAUUUUAUUAUUAUUCUGGAUUCGGGCCGCUGUGGGGGAAGAAACGACGGGAUAGGGGAGGAGAGGAAGACGGUGGGAAAUCGAGCGAAAAUACGACGGGAAUUCGGAGCAAUGCGACGACGCCGUCACCGUCUGACAUGGAGGAGUUGGAUUAUGUGGAAUACGAUGAGGACGAUGAGGAGGAGGACGGCGACGGUGAGGGCGAGGGCGGGAAAAAACGGAUGAGGAAGCCGGUGAAAGCGCGGUCAUUGAAAUCGCUGAUGUAAAAGAAGAAGUUGGAUUUGAAUUUGGAAUUAGGACUUUGGGUUUUGGUUUUCGUGGUGGGAAAUUAUUUGUGAUGGUUUUUCUUCUUCGUGUUUGAAACAAUUGUUUGUUAGGGUUGUGAAGGAUUUCUCGUUUUUCUUUUUUAUUUUUUCUUUUUCUUCUUUCUUCUUUCUUCUUUCUUUUUUCUUUUUUCUUUUUGGUGUAACAUAUUAUUAUUAUUAAUAUUAAUAAUAUUAAUUUAUUACUAGUAUUAUUUUAAAAAAGUUUUUAAUUUGGAUAUUGUUAUUCUCUGCGUAAUGCACGAUGAUGCUGUCUGUGUUGUGGCCUUGCGUGGGGGGGCGGUGAGUUUAGCGUAGCUCAUGAACGUGGACAGCAGGAGAUUUCAUAGGGUGUGUUUUAGGGAGACCGAGACAUUGUGUUUAGUCAAAUUAAUGGCUACUUUCGUAAUUUUACUCUCUACCCAUUUUUUUUUACUCUUUCUUUUCUUUCUUUUUUUUUUUUUUAAAAAAAUGGAGUUUGGGUUGCUUUUUUUGGGCUUGUGGUAAUAGAUGACGUGGCAAGUGAUGUUUUUCCCAUAUAUGAAUAUUAAUAAAAGAAUGGGCCUACAUUUACCUUGUUGGGUCCACAUCGACAGCAAA